GGGAGGCUGGUGGACAAAACUUCCAGAUUCAUAUCCCGUCGUUAAACAAUGACCCCGGUUCUGUUGGGGAAUUAGAGGUCUAAAUGUCCGUGUGAGGGUUUUCAGACAUCGGGCUGCUCAGUACACCGACCCGCUGUGAUUUUUACUGUCUCUGUUAGCUUGCGGAUGCUAACAUCAGCUAGCCUGAAGCUACCGUUGCUACCAACUCGCCACUCAGGAGGACGAGCUGAGCUGACAGAAGUCGUACUGUUUCUCAUUGGUUUUCAUUUUCCCACCGGGGCACCGUCAGCACUGUGAGCGAUGUGGAAAGUAACUUUACAAGCGUUUGGUGUUCUGCUGCUUGCCUGGUUCCUCGGGAACUUUGUUCUGGGUUGGUUUCAACAAAACAACGUACGACCCCAAACGCAGCACAGCGAGCAUCCGAGCAGAGCUGUAGACAGCCAAGACCAGAGCUGCUUCUGCCAUCUCACAGGAGUCCUGGACGACUGCUUCUGUGACGUCGAAAGCAUCGACGUCUUCAACAACUUCAAGAUUUACCCUCGAAUCAAGAGGCUGACAGAGAAAGACUACUUCAGAUACUACAGAGUGAAUUUGAAGCGGCCGUGUCCCUUCUGGCCUGACGAUGGACAUUGUGCCAUCAAAGACUGCCAUGUGGAGCCCUGCCCAGAGAGUAAGAUCCCGGUGGGCAUUAAGUCUGGGAACUACAACAAGUACUCCCAGGCAGUGAAUACGAUCUCAGACAUGACAGAGUGUGAACAGGCCAAAGAACUGGGCGCCAUCAACAGCACCUUGAGUAACCAGAGUAAAGAGGCAUUCGCUGACUGGGCGAGACACGACGAUGCUCAGGAUCACUUCUGUGAGCUGGAUGAUGAAACCUCUCCAGAUGCAGAGUAUGUGGAUCUACUGCUGAAUCCAGAGCGAUUCACUGGAUACAAGGGUCCUUCAGCCUGGAGAGUCUGGAACAGCAUCUACGAGGAAAACUGCUUCAAGCCCAGAUCAGUGUACCGACCUCUGAACCCUCUGGCUCCGAGCAGAGGAGAUGACGAUGGAGAGGGUUUCUACAAAUGGCUCGAAGGUUUGUGUUUAGAGAAGAGAGUUUUCUACCGACUCAUCUCAGGCCUGCACAGCAGCAUCAACAUCCACCUGUGUGCCGAGUACCUGCUGGAUGAGGGUUGGGGGAAGUCCGUCUGGGGUCCAAAUGUUCAGGAGUUUCGGCAGCGCUUUGACACGGCGGAGACGAAGGGCGAGGGCACGCGGCGGCUGAAGAACCUGUACUUCCUCUACCUGAUCGAGCUGCGGGCGCUCUACAAGGUGGCUCCAUACUUCGAACGAGCGUUUGUCAACCUGUACACAGGAAACGCUCAGGAGGACGGAGCCACCAAGGACCUGCUGCUGCAGGUCUUCAAUGAGAUCAAAGCUUUCCCGAUGCACUUUGAUGAGAAGUCCAUGUUCGCAGGACACAAAAUAGAAGCCAAAACAUUAAAGGAGGAAUUCCGCCUCCACUUUAAAAACAUCUCCAGGAUCAUGGACUGCGUCGGCUGCAGUAAAUGUCGACUGUGGGGGAAACUGCAGACUCAGGGUCUGGGCACAGCUCUGAAGAUCCUCUUCUCUGAGAAGGAGAUCCAGAACCUUCCUGAACACAGCCCCUCCAAAGGUUUCCAACUGACCCGACAGGAGAUCGUGGCCUUACUGAACGGCUUCGGCAGGUUGUCCACCAGUAUACAUCAGCUCCACAACUUCCGCCUGCUGUUGGAGGAGAACAGGUAACAGAAGGUGAUGUCUCACCUGGCCAGUAGGUGGGGCCAGCCCACAGAGAACUGAAGUAGUCUAAUCCUCGCCCAGACGGACUUUUUCAUGGACAUCAGGAUCAGCAGUGAACGCUCUCUUUUCCCCCAAUAAUGUCUCUUCUUUCCCUUCUGUACCUCCUCCUCCUCCUCCUCCUCCGUCUGGUAGAUCAUGAAUGUUAACUCUGCUGCCUCCUCUUGCCUUCGUCAGGAAAGUCUCGAGGUUCUGAAACCUUUUUUCUCUGCAGUUAAACUUGUCGCCAGUGACGAACUUUGACUUUUUUUUAAGUUUACCUGUAUAAUCACAGGUUGGUUGUGACGUUCAACAACCUGAAGGAAAAAAUCAUAAGUUUGGAAGGAAGCGAUGUCACGGACCAAACGGUGACCAGAUGCGACCGAUGGACGCAGAUCAAACUGUGUUCAACAGGAAGUGACUGAGUUUGAGUUAAAGCAGGGGAAACGCUUAAAUCACGACAACAUUUCUCUCUUUCGCUGCCCCGCCCUCUGCUGACAUCACAUCCUGUUGGAUCUUAGGCUGGUGAACCUGAGUCAGACCUUCACGCUCUUUGAAAGGAUGAAGAAAUAAUUUGUCCUGAGGAUGGACUCAGUCGGGACGGACCCUGUUUGCCCAGAAAGACAGGACGCUGCUGCCUGUUUCAUUUGGUUCUCUCACCCUCUCCCGUUGUUUUUAGAGAAGUUUGUUUCUUGAAGCUUGAGGAUCUGGACCAAUCUGCUCGUGUUUACCAUCUCAGGCCUAAUUUAUGUCAGCUCGCUAGAAGGUGUGUGUGUGUACGUUUGUGCGUGCUUGCGUGCGUGUUUGUGUGUGUGCGCACAGGCGUGAGAGAAAUUGCCACAAGCCACGUGUUGCUGAAUUUUAGCCGGCCCUUUCUCGUCCACCUGUGUCACUUUGAAGGUGACACUGUGCAGGCGUUUCAUGUGUCAGAUGUCUACUGAGGGUUUCCUCGUGUGGGUUUCAGUGACGGCAUGAGGCGGAGCUCUUUGUUAAAAAAAAUUCUGUCCAGUCCAGCUGUUCAAUAUCCAACCUUAAACUAACUUGGACUCAACGCAGACUCAGCUGGGUAAAACGUGUGAUUAUCAAACUAACUUCAGCUUGCUGUCUGACUUUUUCCUCAUAUGUCUUGUCCAGUUUUCUAUUUUUUCAACAUUGCGACGUGCUGCUCAGCUUUUUAGUGCAAAGUGAAGUGUGAUUGGUCCAUCAGUGUCACCUGCUGAGUUAACUCAGACAGACCCUGACUCAUCUCAUGAAUGUAGUUACUAAAUAACAGUUUAAACAGCUCCUCACUCAGUAAUGAUGUGACCUGUAGUAAUAAUCUUAAUAUUACAUUUCUUAAAAAUGUAAUAAUUUCUUCUGAUGUGAGCGGAGGCGCAUCACAUCAGUUAACAGCAGAAUCUGCAUCCACCGAAAUCCCCUCAAAGUCCUGAUUCCACUGCUGUUCUUUACAAAACAAACGUGUUAUUUAUGUUGUAAGUUUUACAGUUGAACUGAAACUCUUCAGCUCACUGGACUGAAUCCAUAUCGUGUCAUGCACGGUUCUUCAGAAUGACUUGAGGCGAGAAGUGGUAUCUGAGCCUGCAGCCGCAGAAAGUUUCUCUUCUGAACGUGGAUUUCUACACGUAGCUAAAAAUGGCUCGUCAGUUGCAGCUUUAUCGGCCUCUGUGUGAGUGCAACGACCACUAAAAUGUGAUGUCAACUUUCUGCACAAAUGGUUCCAAAAGCAACACUUUAAAACAACAUUGAGAAUGAGCUGUGUCAGCUCAUCUGUGAACGUUUCUGAAAUAGAUCUAACCAAUUUCACACACAAGAAUCUCAAAGCUGCCUCAGAGAUUCCUCUCAUACACAUGACUAAACUGUCUGUCUGUCUGUCUGACUGACUGACUGUCUGUCUGUCUGUCUGUCUGUCUAAUUAAUUCUUAAUUUUUUGCAAAGGAACUGAAAACAGUGUAGCAAGUUGGAACACUUUGGUUGUGUGUGUGUGUGUGUGUGUCUGUCUGUCUGUCUGUCUGUCUGUCUUUGUGUUUGGAUAAUCAACAGUUGCAGCUAUAAGAUGAUGGACUAUGACUUGAUUCCAUAGUUAAAUAACCACAAACUUGAUACAGUAGCAGAUUUUUGCUCUUUUGCGAUAACUGACUAAUAAUUCUGCUUGUGUGUUUGGACUAAUGGGUCGUCUGUCCGUCUGUCUGUCUGUCUGUCUGUCUAGUUGCUGCUGUGUAUUUUGUAGAAGUGCCGACUAGUUUUCUCCAGCACUCUUUUUGCUUCAACCGUGUUGUCUUAAAGCACAACUUUAAUCAAGACAGAUUUAUCAGAUUUAUUUUAAAAGGAAAGUCAUUAGGUUAUUUUGAGAUGAUGUUUUGCUUCGGUUUUUUGUUUUGCGCUGUAAAUUUCCUCAUCAGAGAAAACGGAGGUGUGAUGGCACAGAGAUGAGAGGAUAGUGGACUGUACUAGCAGAUCAGCAGGAGGGUGGAGGUUUUACUCCAUCUGUCCUGCUCUCAUGUCCAUUGCUGACUGCUCUGAAGGGAAAAUGUGAAGCAGCUCCUGUGGGAUCUUUAUCGGCCUCUGUGUGUCUAACGAGACAUUUAAUCUUGAGAGAUUAAUAUUCUGAUGUCACCUGUAGGUUUCUGAAGCGCAGGUAGAGCAUCAACCACAGCUGGAUGCGUUAGGCUGAGACAAUUGUCACUCAAACAAAAACAAAAAACGUGGUUAUUUCAGCCAUCAGUCGUUUUAAGGAACAAUAAUUCUUUAGAUGAUAACCUGGAAAGAUAUGAAGUUUACUAUUUACAUCUUCAAAAUUUGAGUUUCUAUUUCAAGACACAAGUUGAUGCUUUGUGGCCUGAGUUCAGUAGUUCAGGUGGCUGUGAGAGGAACUGCAGGUUAGGAUAUUUUCUUUGCUCUCACUCUUCAGCUGUCACUGUUGCAGCUUUGGCACAUGUUAAUAAAGUUGUAUACAGAGACGCUGAUGGCCUCAGCAGGUAACCGGACUGGUUUAUGAGGCGUUUUUGCAGAUUUAGUCAGAUUGUGACAGUUAGUCCAGCUGGAAGUUUGUUUUGCUUGUGGACCAAAGAAGUUUAAGUUGCCUACAUUUGUUUUCUAUAUUUUUGUUUGUUUGUGAUGCCCGGGAAGCGUUUUUCUUUUACUCAGCAGUAGUUUGGAGACAUGAUGUUACGAUAAGUAAUGUUUAAGCUUUUUUCAUGGUCAUACAGUAUGCAGUAUGAGGGUUAAGCUGGUAUAUCACCUCUUUAUUUUUAGGUGAUUAAAAUGUGACAUGGCAUAAAAAUAUGAUUUAAAUAGAAAAAUGUAAAGUUUCAAUAUAAGGGGUAAUAUUAAAAGUCAAAUUUCAGCUUCUGCCUGGUCCUGUCUUAUGCUUUAAUACCAAUUAAUUCUUCUUCCUAAGUUUUGUCUCCGAGGCCCUUCUUCUCUUUACAGAUCUACAAAUAUUCUGAAGGUAUUGAUUAGUAGAGCUUGUUAUGGGCUAGUACACUGCCUGGGGAAAAAAAGAUCCUGCACAUAUUUAGGGCUCAGAAGCUCCUGCAGAGUCGCUGUUGUUCAGGUGUUCUUGUAUUUAUCAGAGCUACAGUAAAGUCUUCUUUGAAAUGUUUCAAAUCUCCAAAUUUAGAUUCCAGCAAGACCAACUUUUAUCAGGCGAUAAAUUUAGUUUCUGACUCAGUCCUUCCUGAAGCCCCUUCACAGUAAAAGCCUUCCAGAAGUGCUGCUGUUCUUUAUGCCUUUGCUUUGUCUGGUUGAGCUUUGGUUGCAUUUGAUUGACACUGAUCAGUUAUUACCCUGAUUUACUGCCAGGACAGUUAUGUUGAAGAAUUCCCAUUUUGCAGCCAAAGUGACAUCUUCAGUUAAAAAAGAAAAAAGAAAAAAAAAAGAGAAAAGAAACCAAAUAUUUCUGUCUGUAAUUGAUAAAUUGCCAGGAUAUA